AUGGAAAAGGCGAGGAGUCUGGAUAGGCCCUCGAAGGCUACAGGGGGUGUAAGAACCUUCCCGCGCGAAACGAUACUCUCCAAGAUUAACGAUGCAUCGCAGUACCUCUCGGAGGCCUCAAAUCCCACUUCGGGUCCCUCCUCUUCAACUACAACUUCGACGGCCGUGACCGGUCACAAGGGACGCACCGUGAGCAAGGCCCAGCGGCGGAGCUAUGUUCCCGCGUCCGGCUACACGGUGAGCAACGACGGCCGGCUCGUUUUUCUGCGACUCAAGGACGAGGUCAGGUUCGCCACUGCCACGGCAGCGGUGCGUAGCGUCCUCGAGCACCACAAGGGGCUGCUACGGUCGUUGGGCAUCAGGAAAGGCGGUGAAGGCAGCGGCAGCGGCAGCGGCGGAGUGCGAAGCUUUGUGGCCCUCGUGUGCAAGGACGCGGCCAAAGCCGGCGGCUACCGGCUGUGCAUGCGGUACUUCGGGUCGCGCCUGCCGGCGGCAGUGCCGUGGGCCAUCGAUGCGCUAUGUGAGAGACGAACAACACAACUGGGGGCCGCGACGCUCACCUGGAUCCCAUAUGGACGUGCGGCCGAAGAGCUGUCCUCGGUGUGGUUAGCUCGGCGCUCCCGAUCGGCGGACUUCCUUCGUUUCUGUUGA